CAAAACUCACGAAGGAGACUGUUAGCCUCGCUAUGGCGGAAACAGAGCAGCAGGGAGGGUCCAACCCUGAGGAUGAAGCACCUGAAGCCAACACCAUCUUCAUGGUACCCAAAAAAGAAAUCAGCAUGGUACCCGACAUGGGCAAGUGGAAGAGAUCUCAGGCGUAUGCUGACUACAUGGGCUUCAUUCUGACACUGAAUGAAGGUAUAAAGGGGAAGAAGCUCACAUGUGAAUAUAAAGUAUCUGAGACAGUGGAGAAGUUACUAGAUCUUUUGGGGACUCUGGACAGAUGGAUAAACGAGACCCCUCCUGUCGACCAGCCGUCACGCUUUGGUAAUAAGGCCUACAGAACCUGGUACGGCAAACUAGAACAGGAAGCAGAGGCCUUGGUGUCAACAGUCCUCCCUGCUGACAAACAUGCAGCAGCUCCAGAGAUAGCCGUCUAUCUGAAAGAGGCUGUGGGGAACUCCACCAGGAUAGACUAUGGAACAGGUCAUGAAGCUGCGUUCGCUGCGUUCCUCUGCUGUCUCUGUAAGGUGGGAGCUCUCAGGGUCGAUGAUCAGCUAGCUAUCGUUUUUAAGGUUUUUAACAGGUAUCUUGAAGUGAUGCGAAAGCUCCAGAGGACCUACAGAAUGGAGCCAGCUGGAAGCCAAGGUGUGUGGGGCCUGGACGACUUCCAGUUUCUGCCAUUCAUAUGGGGCAGCGCCCAGUUUGUAGAUCACCCGACACUGGAGCCGAGGCACUUUAUUGACGAGAAGGUGGUGAACGAGUAUCACCCAGACUACAUGUUUCUGGAAUGCAUCAAGUUCAUAAACGAGAUGAAGACGGGUCCAUUUGCCGAACACUCCAACCAGCUGUGGAACAUCAGCGCUGUUCCUUCCUGGUCCAAAGUCAACCAGGGCCUGAUCAGAAUGUACAAGGCUGAGUGUCUGGAGAAGUUCCCCGUGAUCCAGCACUUUAAAUUUGGUAGCCUGCUUUCCAUCGAGCCGACGAAGCCUUGACGCUCCCUGAGGAACGCCGACGCACACGAUGGAAAGACCAAAAUCCCAACAACUCGAAACCAACCAGUUUUUCCCCUUCCUUAGGCAUCCUCACAUGAAAAAUACUGCAGUAGCAACAAUCAACCACAUGUAGUCUGACACACAAACGCAUUCCCACAUGCACGUGCAUGUGGUCAUGAAAGCUUGUAAGUCAUCCACAACUUAAUGCAGAGCAUGUUGUGGAUGGCCUUUUGUGAUUUCAGAGCAUCUUUAUAUUUUUGUCAUUUUAUUUAUAUAACGGAUAGAGUUUGGAUCAGACUCUGUUUUUGAUGGAUGACAUAGCUAUUUUUAAAUGGAUGUGUUUAAAGAUGCUUAAUGCUUGAGUGUACUUCAAAGUUUGGAUCCUCAUAAGCAGUAGGCUCAUUCACAGAGUGAGUUGAUAUGAUAAGACUGUUUCCUCUGAAUCAUUCGUCACUUAGGGAAUGAUUUGAAUUCUCCAGAAGCCUUUGUUGGGAUUUCUCCUUCAAAUGUAGUUAUUUUCUUGGUUUUUGCUUUUAAGGCCAAAUAUUUGAAUUGUGUUGCUAAUGUAUAAAUAUUUGAGUUGCCCACUUAAUCCCAACAUGUAAUUCACAUUAAUAAUUUGCUAAGAAAUAACAGUGUUUGAGUGUUUUUUUUUCUUGCUCAGAGGGGAAAAAUGCAAAGAAUUGGCAUUUUCAACCUUCUGUAACAGCUCAUCCAAACUGAAAUGAAUAGAAUUGAAUUCAAAUAACUAAAUGAAAAGUCACUUAGAAAAAAAAAGCAUGCAAUCUCUGUUGCUUGUAUUUUUCCCCCUCACAGUCUGUCCUUUUAACAGUCAUUGUUAAUGAUGUACACCCAACUCUUCAUCUGAGUCCCAGCUCCCCCCAGUUGGAAGAUAAACCCGUUUUUUUAAUCUUUUGAAUCGGCUAAACAUUGUAAACUAAACUAAACUGUGAAUAAAUCUUUGUGGUUGUGAUGUGCAGCCUUUUUCUCAAAGUUCCAUAUUUGUUUUUCGGUUUUUAAAUGACUAUAGUGU